UCGGAGCUCUAGGCGCGUCCUCGGCCCACCUGACCUUCAGCCAGCAUGACGGCGACGGCUCGCCCGCAGUUGGCGCUCGCAGCCGCGCUGUCGCUUCUCUUUGGUCACAUCACUUACACAACAGCAGCUAAUCCUACAAGACCUCAAGUGUGUCGUACCUUCGGCAGCGGUGUGUACGAGGCUUUCAGCGGCGAUGUGUUCCACGUGAGAACCACGUGCCCCUCCACUCUGGUGCACAUCACUCGUGAUAACGUGGACUACAUUAUCGCGGUCACGCGUGGAAGCAGUGGCCUGAUAACCAAACUUGAGAUAACUCUAAAUGGAAUCAGCACUGUCGUGGAAAACGGCACAACGUUUGUGGAACACAAAAGUGUUUCUCUGCCUUAUGAUCAAAUGUACAAGCACAUCUUCCCGUACGGCAUCUUCACCAAACUGCGCAGCCGGAUCCUGCCCCUGGCCGUCGUCUGGCACGUUUCUGGGGGAGAGAUUGAUUACCUCUGGGUGGAGCUGGAAGACACGAUGCAGGAGAAGACAGGACUCUGUUGGGCAGAUGCCGGAACAGUGACCACGAUGUUUAAGGGCGAAUGUAUCUUGGACUCCAAAGAAGGACAAAAUAAGGGUUGCAAAGUUGUGUCAGAAUUGUCUUCGUGUGUCCAAAAUAUACAAAAGACUCACUGCAGGCAAAAUGUUUAUAACCAUGAAAAUGACAAGAGAGUGGAGUGUGCAUUGUACACUGUCAUGGUGCUGCAGUGCCCCUCAGACUUACUCGACGUUCUGUCUCACUGGAGAGAUGACACGAAGUGCCCUGCGCCCACUUGCCCAGGUAACCUCAUUUUUAAGGAGAGGGGCAAUCCGUACAUACCCACCUGCUCCAAUCCUAGCGUGAGCAGCAGUGAAGAGGAGACCUACACCUGUGCGUGCCCAGAAGGCCUGGUGCUGAAUGACCUGGAGGGCCGGAGGGAGUGCGUGUAUGAGAGUCACUGCCCCUGCGAGUCUGCGGGCCAGGUGUUCAAACCCGGCCAGCGGCGGGAGGAGAAGUGCAAGUCAUGCGUCUGCCAGAGCGGCCAGUGGAAGUGUGUCAGCAAAACCUGCCCAACAAGCUGCAGCAUCGAGAGGGAGUAUGUGACGACGUAUGACGGCAAGCGCUACCAGCUGCCGCAGAAGUGCACGUACAUAGCGUCUCGGCAGCGGGGGAGUAACUUCACUCUUCAAAUUUCAUUUUCUGAGAAAACAACUUCUUUAGAAAGAGUCUCUCUUGAGUUUCAACAGCAUUCCUACGUUUUCUCCAGUGAGGGUGUGACAGCAGACGGAAAUAAAAUAACCGAGUUCUACCAGAGUGACAGUCUGAUGAUCUUCCGGCAGUCCUCAAUGUACAUACAGGUGCAGACAACAUCUGGCAUCAAGAUUCAAGUCCGAAUUUCACCAAAAGUUCAGUUGUACAUAACAUUACCUGAUACAGAGCGUGGAAUGGUUCAAGGACUUUGUGGGAACUUCAACAAUAAUACCAUGGAUGACUUUGAAGACAGUACAAGCAUGAUACAGACAUCCCCUGAAGCAUUUGCUCUGUCCUGGAGUGUGGGGGAUUGUUCAGGCGACAUUCCCAAAACCUGCAGCUCCUCUGAGAAAGAGGAAUACGCCCGAGUGCACUGUUAUUCUCUGAUCAGCUCCCCCGGAAUAUUUGCCAAAUGCCACGAUGUUGUGCCGACAGAAGACUACUUCAAGGCAUGUGUGCAGACCACUUGCGAGUGUGACACUGCUAUGGAGGACUGCCUGUGUGUUGCCCUCGCUAACUAUGCCAAGGCCUGUGCAAAACAGGACGUUGCUGUGGGCGACUGGAGGACAGACACCAAAUGCUUGCCAGUGUGUACGGAUACCCCUCAGUUUGGCUACGAUGUGCAUGCCUGUAACUCCACCUGCCGGUCGCUCUCGGGAUAUGACCCCACCUGUGAAGUGGAGGACGCCCCUGUGGAAGGGUGUUUCUGCCGUGAGGGAAGUCUCCUGAACACUGACUUAACCUGUUCCUCUACGGCGGAUUGCAACUGUCACUACCAGGGCACCAUUGUUCCACUGCGGACCAAGGUCGUCAUUAAUAAUCAAGAAUGCUAUUGUAAAGGUGGAGAGCUUGAAUGCAGGGACAAACAGGAAGAAUGUAAAGAUGGGAAGAUAUUUGUGCAAUGUUAUGAGUCAUCGAAAAGCACAGACCCAAGAACAUGUGACUCUUGGAUUAGGGGCUUUAGCACUGUAGCAGCCUGCAGGAGUGGAUGCUACUGCCCUGAGGGCAAGUAUGAGGACCAUAACGGCACCUGUGUGUCCCCUAAAGACUGCACCUGCAUGUGGAAUGACAUGGUUUACAGGACGGGACAGCGUGUUGACAUGAAAUGCCGAACAUGCACAUGUGAGAGUGGGAAGUGGAUAUGUUAUUCCAAGCCAUGCACUGGGACAUGCCAGGUACAUGGGCAUGGCCAUUUCCAGACAUUCGACUCAAAGUGGUACCAUUUCGAGGGUAACUGCGAGUACACAAUGGUGCAGGACGCCUGUGGCAGGGGAUCUGGACAGGGGACCUUCUCCAUCCGAAUAGAGAGUGUCCCAUGCUGUGAUGAGGGCCUGACCUGCUCUCGGCGUAUCAAACUGGACCUGCAGGGUAAAAUCAGGCUGACUUUAGAUGAAUUGAAGGUGACACACUCAUUCCUGGAUCCUUCGUACAUCAUCCCAGUGAAGCCUCUGUACUCAGUCCACACUGUGGGCCUCUACUACAUGAUCUCAGUGGAAAGCAUGGGCAUCACCCUGAUAUGGGACAAGCACACCAGAGUUUCCAUCACUCUUGGGGACAGCUGGAAAGGAAAGGUGUGUGGCCUCUGUGGGAACUUCAAUGACAGAGAGAGGGACGACUUCCAGCUGAAGGGGUCGAUGGAGGAGGUGGUGAAUGCAGUGAGAUUCGGAAAUAGCUGGAAGAUGUCCUUCCCUGUCUGCACAGACAUGCCUACAGAAGGCAACAUUGACGACGGCUUCCCCUGCAAGCGCAACUCCUACUGCGCCCACUGGGCCCAGCGACGCUGCAUGCUGAUCCACAGCGACAUCUUCAAGGACUGCAAGGUGGACCCUGAUCCCUACUACGAGGCCUGCAUCCUUGAGUCUUGCUCCUGCAACAUGGUGGGAACCUUCCAAGGCUUCUGCACUGCUGUGGCCACGUAUGCGGAGGCGUGCAGCGAGCACGGCGUCUGUGUGGAAUGGAGGACCCCCGAUCGCUGCCCUGUGUACUGUGACUACUACAACAAAGAGCAUGAGUACAGCUGGCAUUAUGAGCCAUGUGGGGUUUCCAGUCCAACCUGUGGCAAAAACAAUAAGUUCCUUGGGAAGCUUGAAGGCUGUUACCCCAGGUGUAGGCAGCCAGGGCACUAUUUUGAUGAGAACACCAGGAGAUGCACCACCUUGAAGAAUUGCACCUGUUUUUACAAUGAAACUGUGCCACCAGGUGGAUCUGUAACAACGCACAAUGAGACCUGCAUUUGUGUAAAUGGAGGUUUUCGUUGUGUUCCUUUCACUUCAACAACUACAAGUACAACAACUACAACUGUAUCAACAACUACACCUACAACAACAACUGAAUCAACAACUACACCUACAACAACAACUACAACUGAAUCAACAACUACACCUUCCAUAUCCCCAACACCAACUGUAUCAACAACUACACCUACAGUUACUCCAACACCAACUGGAUCAACAACUACAACUACAACAACAACUACAACUGAAUCAACAACUACACCUUCCAUAUCCCCAACACCAACUGUAUCAACAACUACACCUACAGUUACUCCAACACCAACUGAAUCAACAACUACACCUACCAUAUCCCCAACACCAACUGUAUCAACAACUACACCUACUGCAACUCCAACACCAACUGAAUCAACAACUACACCUACAGUAACUCCAACACCAACUGCAUCAACAACUACACCUACAGUUACUCCAACACCAACUAAAUCAACAACUACAACUGUAUCAACAACUACAAGCACAGUAACACCGCCACCAGGGUGUAGAUGCACGGAUGAAGAUGGGAAAAUAUGGCAGUGUGGUUCCAAGUGGACAGAUGCAUGUCGAGAGAAGAUAUGUGACAAUGGAACAAUUUACGAAGAAGCAGAUGUAAAGUGCCCUGCUGUGGCAGAGCCAGACUGCCCCUACAAAACCAAAGUCCCACUGCAGGACUGCCCGGAAUGCUUCGAAUGGGAGUGUGACUGCCGGUGCACACUCUAUGGAGACCCUCACUAUAUUAGCUUUAAUGGCACAAGAUACACCUACCUCGAUAACUGCACUUACAUCCUGAUGGAGGAGAAGAAGCCAAUUUAUGACUUUUCAGUUAUGGUGGACAACUAUUACCGACCUACAGUGAUGGACGGCUCCUUCUCCAAGGGCAUCAUACUGAACUAUGGCAGCAAUCAUGUGACCCUCACUGUGGUAGCAGCACAGAAAGCCAUUCAGGCUACACUAAACCAGAGGGUUGUGAUGCCACCUCAUACGGAGCAGGGGAUCCGAUUUGACGGCGGGAAGACAGACGUUUAUGUUCAUAUUGAUGCAAUCCGCUCUUACGUUCGCCUCACCUACCUCAACAGAGUGGAGGUCUCUGUGCCCUGGAAGCUGUUCAAUCACAACACCCAGGGACAAUGCGGUGUGUGUGGUGGAGGCGACUGUAUUCGCAGAAAUGGUAUUCAGGAAAAUGCCGACUGCUGUGAUGAAGCUGCUAGUGAAUGGCUUUACCAAGACUCUCAGAAACCCUAUUGCCCGAAAUCCCCUCCAUCCCCUUCCUGCAAGCCUCCAGACCCAGAAUGCUUAUCUCCUGAGUCUCCCACAUCUCCCAUAUGUGAUCUGCUCAAACACGAAGUCUUCUCUGAGUGCGGUAAGAAGGUGGACCUUGAAACAAUAUACAAGAACUGCAGGUUUGACUUGUGUGUGACAAAGAACACCACCUACGACUGUUCAUCAGUGGCGCAAGCAGCCGACACGUGCAGGAAAAACGGCUUCUGUGUGCAGUGGACACAUCUGACCAACGGAACCUGUGGAAUCACCUGCCCUGAAGGUAUGGUCUAUAAGGAAUGCCCUGACAACACCACCAACACCAAUUACUGUCAAGGAGGAGAGCCAAUUCAGGGGGACCCCACAAGGACCCUAGAGCCUGGAUGCUUCUGUCCAGACAACAAGUUCCUUGCAGAACAAGACAAAGAAUACUGUGUCUCCACCUGUACUACCUGCAGGGGUCCUGCUGGGGAACCCAUGGAGCCUGGUGAUACAUGGGAGGCCAGUUGCUACCAAUGCACCUGCAGCAAUGUCACCAAAUCUGCAGAGUGUAAACCCAAGCCCUCCCCACCUCCUCCCACCUGCAAGGAAAACGAGAUUCUGGUCACCUUCAAUGGGACGGACUGCUGUCACUUGACUACUUGUGUUGAGAUGACAUGCAAAUACAAAGGCAAGACUUAUAAGGUUGGAGAUAGAUGGACUGACCCCUCCCAGCCCUGUGAGUCAUAUGUCUGUGACGAAAGUGGACUUCAGAAGGAGACAAAAGUUUGUGCUGAGGAGCAGUGUGCUGAGGAACUCAGAGUUUGGGACAAAGACCAUUGCUGUUACACAUGUGAUCAGACAUGUAGUCCGAGGAUGACCAAAGUGAACGUCUCAGUGGAAGACUGCAAAGAGGAGGCGGAGCUCCCUGUGUGUAUGGGCCAAUGUGGAUACAGCUCUCGGUUGGUACAAGGUACACUGAAUCAGGAGGACAUUUUCCAUAUGAAGAAGGAAUGUCAGUGCUGUCAGGAGCUGACGUCAGAGGAGCGCACUUUAACUGUGACAUGUGGUGGAAACAUCUCCAAAUCCUAUAAGUACAGGCACAUCACGAAGUGCGAGUGUAAUAUCUGCACAUAGCAGCCUGGAACUCUGUCCCCCUGUAUUGCCAUUUCUUACAGUCUCUGCAGGUGAUUUUAAAUGCCAGUCUCUGGGCUGUUCCAACAGGCCUUAAACUUAACUGCUGUAAAGAAUUAUGUUUAGAAUGGUAACAGCUACAAUAUACCAACAUAAUACUUACAGCAUCCAACAUCAUACUUUAUAAAUAACAAUACUUUUUGUCCUGAAAAUAACUAUAAGCAGGCACUAUGCUUCAAAGCGUGUGAACUGCUCCAUAGUCAUAUAUAAGAUGCUCUUUAAGUGUUACUAAAAUGUUUACCUUGGGAAAGUCGGAUUGGCAGAGAAUUUCUCACGCAUGGAAAUUGCUGAAUUCAGAGGGAUUUUAAAUCAGGGUAUCUUAUAUGAUUUUAAUGUAGCAAACUUUAUCAAAGAAAUCAAGCAUAAUGAAGAUGGCAGUUAAUAUGAUUGAACCAUCUUUCAAAUAUCUGUUCCUAAUGAUA